AUGGCAAGUCUCAAUAUCAUCUCUUCAAUUAUAGCAAUCUUGCUAAUUUCUAGUGCAAUCCCUUCCCUUUGCAAAUCCCAUCAUGACGAAAAACACCCCAAUCCAACAAGUCCACCUUCACAAAAAGAAUUAGAUGCACGUGAAAAGUACAUAAAUAGUUUGCCAAAAGAUUUGAUUAAAUUUGUAGAGAAUUGUACAGAGUAUUUGCCUAUUAAAUGUGGUGAAAAAGUUAUAAAUGCCAUACUUGACAAGGGAAAUAAUGUUGACAAGAAAUGUUGUCAUGAUCUUGUUGGAAUGGGAUAUAAGUGUACCAAAUCUAUAAUAAAGGUUUAUAUUGGAUUGCCAGAGGUUAAGGAUAAGAUUGAUCCUAAGGUUAUCAAGUCCAAUGCUAAGAAAGUUUUCAAGAAGUGUGUUGCCCUUGAGAAGAAGAACAAGCAUCAAUAA